UCCUUUAGGGAUAGGAAAAUACAAAUUCUUGCCAAAGCGUUGAAGCGUUGAAUUCUUCGGCAAAUAAUUUCGCGUUUUCCUGUACUGAAAGGAUCACACUCACUGACGCAUUCGGAGGGCGUUUUUCUCCUUAUUUACUUGUAUAAAUCAAUACAUUCAAUUAAUUGACUAAUUAAUAAUUUUAUGUGAAGCUUUUCAGAUGGGAUUUUAUUAACCAAAAUAUAGUCAAAAGUAAUUAAAGUAGGGGAAGUUUUUCAGGUUUCGCACACACUCUGACUUCGAACAUUUCGUAUUUUUCUAAAUUCUUUGAAUUUGACCUAAUUUUUAUCAGGAAAUGUGUGACUUAAGACUAGGUUCAGAUUCACUAAAGGAAUUUAAGAAAAAAUAUAACGUGUUCGAAUCUAGAGUAUGUGCGAAGCCUGAAAGCCUUUCCCUAAAGGUCGUUGGUUUUUUUUUUUAUUCAGAUCAUCAGUAAUAUCAGUGUCACUAUUUUUCAAUCGAGUUAUUUAAUCAAUAAUCACGCAGUAUUGAUGUGUGAUAAGUAAUAUGAAAUGUUAAAUGUAUUAAAUAUUAAUUGUAUUUGUGCUUCUGUAUGUAUCUAUGGGCUUUAAUUGAAUUUAAUUCACUCUGACUAUCAAAUGUACAUAAUUUCCCUUAAUGUUUUGCGGGAUGACUGUUCUCUAUAAGGGCAAUGUCAAGAAGUUGAGAGGAAGAAUGUGAAGGAAAGAAUGAGAAAGGAAACCUGAUCAGAGUUAGUGAAUGAAUCACAGCAUUUCAAAUGGUCUUUUGAUACACAACAUAAAUUGUUUAUCUCCUUCUCUUUUCUGCUUAGUUCAUUCCUUUUCAUUUGCUCUUUUGUUCAAUGACAAAGAACUUCCCGAACUACGCGAAAUCUCACUUGAAUUAUAUCGACUAUAGAACAGUUGCUGGAUCACCCUCCAGUCCAUCACAAUCAUUCUACCGAUUUUACCAGUUUGUUCUUAAUUUUCACGAAGGGGCGCCAAAAAAAGGGUGGGAAAAUAAGCAAGAAAAGUCCAUCGUAAAAUAUCAAUAUUAUAUACUCCAUGGAAGAGAAUAAACAGUGAGAAGUUUACCCUUCUUCGUCCAAGGAUGACAACCAGAUCGAUUGAUUGUGAAUUUUGCCUUUAGUUUCUCAUCAAAUUUUCCCACUAGUUGCUGUUCUUUUUUGUGUGUUUUUCACUUCUUCUUUAAGUACUCAAUAAUUUAUAGAUUUCCAGGUGGUUGGAAUACUUUUAAUUUCCCUACAUGUAACAAGUUCUUAACUUCCCACGUAGUUAUUUUGUGAUGUGAGUUGUUGAAAAGUGGCACGAACUAUCCGAUAUUGGUUGGAUUAAAGUAAAAAUAAAAGAAAGAAUAACCCCCAAAAAAAUCAUCAUGUUCCUGGACACAUCAUUUGUCUUUUGCAUUUCAUUAGUAACACUCAAAGUUUGCCUGGUAGGAUUUGUGGUAUUAUUCAUUAUAUUGCCGCUUAUCUUCAGAUUUUGCGUUACUCUUCAGCGUGGAAUUCUAUUUCUGACAUUCAUAACCUACCCACCUAAUAUUGACUUCAGUCGUCCUGAAAAAUCAGGCCUUGCUGGAGUUCGGAAUUUCUACGUGACCCACCGCGAUGAUGAGCAGAAUGUGGACAUCGAUCUGGGCGUAUGGCAUCUUUUGCCUGGUUUCGUGGCACGUCGAUUUACGCAUCAACUGAAUCUUCCUGCAGAAGAAGUGAAGAAUGUCACGGAUGCAGAAUCUGAAGCUCUUCCAGUGCCCGUUGAGGAUGCUCUCAAUGCCCUGGCUGAGCGCUAUGUUGAUCCCCUUGGGGAGGAAGAGCGCGAGGGUUUCUUUGAGGAUGUGUUGGCCAAAGUGCCGGGAAGUGUAGUGCUCUAUUUGCAUGGGAAUACGGCCUCCAGAGCAGCACCGCAUCGUGUGGAGUUGUUCAAGGUGCUCCAGAGAAUGGGGUAUCAUGUGGUGGCGCUGGAUUAUCGUGGAUAUGGAGAUUCGGGGAGGGUGCAACCGACAGAGGCGGGCGUGGUGAGAGAUGCUCUGGCAGUGUUCAAGUUUAUCCGUCAGAGGACAUCCAAUCCUAUCUUUCUCUGGGGUCAUUCCCUGGGCACAGGAGUAUCGACACAUAUGGUCUCGGUGAUGCAUAAAAUGGGCAUUCCUGCUCCUCCGGCUGUUGUCCUCGAGAGCCCCUUCAAUAAUAUCCGCGAUGAGAUUAGGGAACAUCCCUUCUCUAAGUUCUAUCGCCAUCUGCCGUGGUUCGAUUUCACUAUCUCAGAGCCUAUGUACCGCAAUAGCCUCCGUUUUGAGUCUGAUGUGCACAUUGGGGAGUUCCCACAACCUGUUCUCAUUCUCCAUGCUGAAGAUGAUCUCGUAGUGCCCUUUAAACUGGGCUACAAACUGUACAGACGAGCCCUGGAUGUGCGAAAGAAGGCCUGGGGAAUGGUGGAGUUCCAUCGAUUCGAAGGGUCCAGUCACUAUGGGCACAAGUACAUCUGCAGAGCACCAAAUCUACCGGAGAUUGUUAGAAAAUUCUUUGAUACCUAUCGCAAUGAGAAGUUCUAGAGAGAACAGAAGUCUCCUCCUCAGUCUGUAUAAAGUUAUAAUAAUUGUAAUAAAAGUGUGAUUGUUAAA